GCACAUGCGUGUUCAUGGCGGCGCCGCCACCCGCACACGCAUGCAUGCGCACGCACGUCCCGCAGCCUGGCCCGCAGAGCUGCACACGCAUGUGCAGGUACAAGUGCGUGCACGCGCACGCGCCCGCUUCAUGCCACCGCUCGCGCUGAGCCGGGAAGGUGCACGGGGGCACGCGCACAGGUGUGCACGCGCAUGCACACCUGCCCCAUGGCCCCGAGUGCACGGGAGCCCCCAGACGCCUGGGUCCCCCUGGGGGGGGUGGGGGCACCCGGACUCCUGGGUCCCAGGGGGGCAGCGGGGUCCCUGGGGGGGGUCCCCGGACACCUGGGUCCUGGGGGGGGGGGCAGCGGCGGUCCCUGGGGGCACCUGGGUCCCCCGGGAUCCCUGGGGGUCCCCGGACGCCUGGGCCCCUGCCGGCUCCGGCGGCGCCGUGACUCAGGGCCCGACGGGUUCAGCGGCUUUGGGGCGCGUCCCGCCGCCACCCCCGCAGGGCGGGGGACCCAGGCGUCCGGGCCGGGGAGCCAGGCAUCCUCGCGCGGCGGCUCCACGACGCUCCCAGGCGCCCGGCCGGCCAUGGGCUCCCUGGCGGCAGAGGGGCCGGAGCCCCCCGGCACGGCCCCCCCCAGCACCCCGGAGCCCACGGUGGCGCCGGAGCCCCGUGGCGCCCCCCCGUUCCUGGCCUGGCUGGUGGCCGGGGCCCUGGUCGGGGUCCUGCUCGCUGGGGCCCUCGGGGCCGCCCUGGUCCACCGGCACGUCCGGCCCCACCUGCGCCGCCGCCCGGGGGAAUCGGGGACUCGGGAGCCGAGAGCGAAGAAACUGGCGUCUUCCCGCGAGGGUGAGUGCUGGCCCUGGACACCGGGGUCCUCGGGACGGGCCCGGAUGCCGGGGUCCCCCCGGACGCCGGGGUCCCUGGGACUCGAGACAGCCCCGGACGCUGGGGUCCCCCCGGACGCCCACGUCCAGCCAUCUCCGUCCCCCCCGCAGACGACGAGGAGCCGAUCUACGAGGUGGCCGAGUCGCCCCUGGAGUCGCCGCUGACCCCGGCGCCCCUAAUCCUGCACCCUGUGACCUCCGACCCUGCACCCCGACCCCGGCACCUCCUGACCCUGCACGCCGUGACCCCUGACCCUUCACCCCAACCCCGGCACCCCCUGACCCCGAACCCUUCACCCCGACCCCCCCCAGCCCUGCACCCCCUGACCCCUGACCCUUCGCCCCGGCCCCCCUGACCCUUCGCCCCAGCCCCCCCGACCCCAGCCCUGUCGGAGGAGGCUUUCGGGGUGCCCAUGACCUCUGGCCCUGGGGGACCCCGACAUUAAACCACUUCCUCCGCC